AUGUCGUCGAUCGCACGCCCCCCAGACCCAUGUCUAGUCGCGAUCAUCCUCAUCGUCCGGUCGCGUACCGGCCCGCGGCUCGUUUUUCACUACCCUCCAAACCCACUUAGCGAGAACCGGCUGAAGACUACGACCAAGGGCGGCCGGCGCAUCUCCCGCACGCGCAGUCGACGAGGCUCCAAGAAUACCGAUUCGAGCUCGAGCGAUGAGAGUGGGAUUAGCUCCGACGAAGAUGAGGAUGAGAGAGAACCUCAUGUAGCUGGGAACGUGAAUGCGAACGCGAGUCUGAGUGUGAACCUGAACGCUGGACUUGGCCGACGAGCGAGCAACUUUGGUAUCGACACGCUUACGCUUGCACCCGAUGCUGCGUCACCUGCUGGUACGGAAACGCAACGACCUGGAUCUCUGGGAUCUGGCAGAGCUUCAUCGCUGAGGAAAAGGGGUGGCGCGUGCUCGGAUCCUGAGGAAGAUGCUCUAUCGGAUCGCCCUGAAGAUGGGGCUGCGGGAGGCUCAUCGCGGCCGCCUUGGGAAUCGCUUCUAGGCCUACCCGGGAGCGUGUGGGAAAAACUACUGAGCCCGUCUCGCUCUUGGCAUAAAAGACGCUUCGAGGUCGGAAUUAACGAUCUUGCACUGAUCGGAUGGCCAGUAUUCGUGCGCGAAGAUGGGACAUGGCGUAAGCAGCGGCGCAAGAAGAAAAAGAAGCCCCGCGCUGAAUGGGAUGGCGGGGAAUUAGGCCACAAUGAGAGUGCCGAAGAUGGUCAGGGUGAAGAAGACCCGGCCACUUCGCCUGAUCUGGGUGGGAGUGUAGCGACGAUCACCGAGUUGACAUUGACGGCUUCACCUACUGAGGUCAAACGGGCUUCGGCGGCGAGUGGCAAGUUUGGCAAGCAGCCGGAAGAUGGUCUUGAUCCAGAGGAUAAGGACCAAAUGACUAUGUUCAAUGUGGUAUUUGUUAUGGAUCCUCCCUUGCUGGAGUACUCGAUGCGAGUCAAGGAGAUCUAUGAGAAUAUCAUUAAGAAGUUCGCCAAGGCGUUGAAGUGGGAACAAGCUCGAACCGAUUAUGUUUGGAGGGAGUCGCAGCAUAUCUUGCAGGUUAGGAGAAAAGCGCGAGAAACGAAAACAUCCGUUCAUAACCUCUAUUCAGAGUUGAUCAACCAAUCGUCUUUGGCCAGGGCCAUGUACACGGUCUACACCAGCAUCUCGUCGUCAAAAAUUGCAUCAGUCUCCCUCAGCCAUGAUGUCUCUAUCUCGCUUCAGAUUCCACCAUUGACCUCGACCCCCUACUUGGCUGGCCCUACCGACAAAGCAUAUCCCGGUCUUUGGUUGACAACAUCGGACAGUGCAACUCCAGUUGACGAUCCCGGGACUGACGAAACCAAUGCUCCUCACCAAGUUCUUGCGAAACACUUUGCCCUGCUUCUCCUGGAUAGCGAAGCAGCGAUCAUCAAAGAUGUCGAGGCCUCUGGAGGCACCCUCGCACCCGCCCUAGCCCAUUACAUCCGUUGCUCCAAGCCUACAAAAUCAUUUGCACAAAUAUCAGCCUCUUCGGGUAUCCCGUUAUCGACAAUCCAGAUGCUGGCGAGCCACCUGGUAUACUGGCGUCGUGCCCGAGCCAUUCCUCCCAUCCACCAACGAGAUACGUAUAUCGUGUCUCCCAAUUGCGACCUGAGCAAACUCGAGAUCGCCACCAUCGCCUACCAGACCACAUUCCCCACGCUACCCAGUCUUCCGAAGAUGCUCUCUGCAUUAAGCGGCACGCCCCGACCAUACGGCAGCUUCAUCCCCAGCAAAGACCACAAAGAGACCUACUUCUCCAUCCUGGCAUGGCUGCUCCGCGGUGGCUGGGUAACGCAACUGCGAACCUUCGCCCGCAUCAAAGUCAGCCCGGAAAUCAAACUGGCCGUGGAAAUGGCCCUCCGGAAAGAAGAAGUAGACCGAUACCUCGCCAAGGGCAGCGCCGAUCACGAAGAUUCAUCAUCCUCAGAAGACGACGACGACGACGCAAACUCCUCUUCCUCCUCUUCCCUAGCCAGCCACGGCAGCGGCGAUAACACGCCCGUGCCAGGCAGCCGUCUCGAUCCACACGCCCGGCUACGCAUGUCCCACAAGCUCCUCGACCGAUCUACCGCCCUCCGCCUUUCAUCUCUCAUUCUCUCCCCGCACCGCGCGUCCCCUCUCGAGUCACGCUGGCUCGAUGAGAUCGUCGCGCGAUUCCCGGAUCGGAGAGGCACUGUGCAAGGGUUGGAGGGCGCGAGCCCAGUCAUCGCACCGAAUGAACUCCAGGACGUGCUGAAGAAGUACUGGCCGGUCUUUUUGAAAUACUUUAAUGGGUAUGAUGCGCUGGAGAAGAUUUCCGUGCGCGAGAGUCUGAAGCGUAAGUUGGUGUGGCACGUUCUCAUGCGCUUAGGGUUCGUGACGGGGCCGGGUAACUUGAUUGAGCCGGAUCCACGUGAGCAGGUGCUGAUAGGCGUGCGACAUUGGUAA